GCGCGUGUCCCUUGUUGCUAGCCAUAGUUUACGUCAUCAACAUAAGCCGACCAGAACAGCAUGGCAGAUUGCUGUCGCUGAGCGAUUAUUGACCUUCUAAACAUUUUACUUUCAGAUUUAGGGAGCAGAAUGUCCGUCAAGCAUGCAUCAGUCCAUGCCAAAUGGGUUAUUGGGAAAGUAAUUGGAACCAAGAUGCAGAAAACAGCCAAAGUUAGAGUCACAAGGCUUGUUCUGGACCCGUACCUGCUAAAGUAUUACAACAAAAGGAAGACCUACUUUGCCCAUGAUGCUUUGCAGCAAUGCACCAUUGGAGAUAUUGUCCUUCUCAAGGCUCUGCCUGAGGCCAGAUCCAAACACGUGAAGCAUGAACUGGCUGAAAUAGUCUACAAAGUUGGACGAGUGGUGGAUCCACUGACAGGAAAGAGUGUUGCUGGGACUGAGUUUGUGGAGCCUCUGUCUGAUCUCCCAUAUGAUGGGCAAACAACGCUGUCCGACAAAAUCCAGGAGCUCAAUAUUUCUGCUGCUUCUGCCGGAGCCGAUUCCACGUCACCACAAACUCCCACCUCAUAAUGCAAAGCCGUUCUUUAUUUUAAUACAACUUGGCUACCAUUUUUGUUUUUUCUCUUGAUGUUAUAAAUGUAUUUGUCAGUAAUAUAGUCCAAAUGCAUGUAUGGGAUGAAUCUUUAAAGUUAUUUACAUACUCAUUAGGAUCGUUUCAUUUUGAAACGUGAUUAUGAAUAAAUGGCAUUGAGAUUCAACCUGUCAGUCAUAAAUGUGUGUAGUGUGUGUUUGCAUUUUCCAUAUAAAGAAAAACAGAUUAUACUAUGGUAAACUGGGUAUUACGUCUCUUAUCUUGGACAAAAAUGAAUGCAAAACAAAUAACUCUGGUCUUGGUCUGAUUUAUUAACCAUUUGUUUAGAUGGACAUAGUAGCUUACCCACCAUUUCACCUACGAACAAUAUCAUGAUUUAUUUGGAGGCCAAAGAUUAUAAGUUGUUCGUGAAUAAAGAACAGUCUGGAGCUUAAAGCCUUCAGCACAGCGAAAGUAUGAAAAACAGCGGAGUAAAAAUCAAUCACAAAGUUACACUUACAACUGGAAAUUGUUCCCGUAAGACCCGCGUGUUCUCCAUAACGAAGUACACCACGUUAACUCGAGCGCACGGCGUUCACCUGGUGUUACGUUACUGUGUCAGCUGGUCCGGGAACAGCCCGGACUGCGGCUGAAGCUGUCAAACAACCACCAAACCUCAGAUGCUUUCAGGGAAAGAUGGCGACCCAAGUCCUUCAAAGAGUUGGCAAAGGCCUUCAUAAGACGAAACACGGGCUCCAGGGCAACGCGCCGGUCGCCAUUGCCUUCAGGAGCCUCUCAGGGUUCAAAUCUCUUUUUGUCAGAAAAGUUGACCCAAGAAAAGACGCCCACUCUCACCUGCUCGCCAAGAAAGAAGACAACAACCUGUACAAAAUACAAUUUCACAAUGUCAAACCCGAGUGCCUUGAUGCUUACAAUGAACUUUGUGAGGCCACGUUGCCCUCCAUUCAUGCUGAUCCUGAAUAUCCCUGUGAGCUUGUGGGCACCUGGAACACUUGGUACGGAGAGCAGGAUCAGGCAGUUCACCUAUGGAGAUAUCGGGGAGGAUACCCGGCUCUCACCGAAGUCAUGAACAAACUCAGGCAGAAUAAGGUAACAGGGGCUCGGAUUAGUCCGGCUCACUGGCUGCUGGCGUUUAUGGAGUACAGGGGGGAGCGGGGCAAGAUGCUGCUGUCUCGUAGGAACCAGCUGCUGCGGGAGUUCAGCUUCUGGAACGAGCCCACUCCUCGUCCAGGACCAAACAUCUACGAGCUCCGAUCGUACCAGCUCAGGCCUGGGACGAUGAUCGAAUGGGGGAAUUACUGGGCACGCGCUAUUGAGAUCCGCCAGCAGAACCACGAGGCCGUAGGAGGCUUUUUCUCUCAGAUCGGAAGUCUGUACACAGUUCACCACUUAUGGGCGUACAAAGACCUUCAGUCCAGAGAAGACACCAGAAAUGCAGCCUGGAAUCGGGAUGGCUGGGAUGAGGUUGUUUAUUACACAGUCCCUCUCAUCCAGCAAAUGGAAUCCAGUAUAAUGAUUCCCAUGAAGAGCUCGCCACUGAAGUAGCCACAAACUCCAGAAGAAACACUCAGCAGCCACUGCUCCAGCUACUCUGAUCUGUAGUGUAAGCCAUCAUCAGAGUGUGCACUGCCGGGGAAAACGGCACAACCCAAUCGUGUUUUUUUUUUUUUUUCUUUGUGUGGGUCAUUUUCAGAUGAAAUGGUCAAGAUGAUUAUCUCCAAAACUGUUAUCUGUUACAGUAAUUAUUGAGUUACUGAGCAUGUUGGGAAAGCGAACUAUUUCACAUCUCUCCUCCUCGUCACUGUUUCUGUCAAGUAAAAGGAAAGAAAUGUAAACAUUAUUAGUAAGAUCUGUGCAGAAGAAACAGCCUACAGUGUCUCACAACUAAAGCUCAGAGCUCACAAUGUACUAUCUUCUCAGGCAGGUAGGCAGAGAUGUUCAAAUGUUCAUUUUCCCCAAGAAAAAAAAAAGGUCCUUUGUGUGUUUCUUUGUGUGCUCACUUUAGAAACUGGUCUCAUGUUUACAGGGCUCCAAACCAAGCAUCCAUUUCUUUCAUGUCCUGGCAACAUGUUUCUAAAUGGUUAUUGUUGAUGAGGGGAUUAAUGAAACAAACCCUGGUUAAAUACUCAUGAUAAUAAUAACAGUUUGAAUUAUAGUCUGAAUGUCACAAAUGCUUUUCAAAUCACACAAGGUCAGAGUGGUUAACUUUUGAGUAUUUUAUUCUUUUGGAUUCUCCCUUGGCUUUUAACACAGUGACACUUUCAGUUGAGGAAAGAGGCAAAAUGAUUAAAUGUGUUUUAUUAAUCAUUGUUUAACGAACAGAGUACUGUGUGAUUGCAGGUAUACAUGUCCUUAUACCAGGCAGGUAACGUUGGCUAGAUGACUCCCUCCUCUAAUGGAGAUAACUGGUCUUUUUUUGUUUUUUAAUGGUCAGGUUGUACGUUAUUAAACCUGUCACUCCUGUAUGUGCAAAUGAGUGAAAUCUUUGUAACCAUCAGUUGUGGAUAGACAAGUGGACAAGCAAGGAGCGAUAGCUCAGAGUGGUAAAUGUAAAAUGCUGUGCUUUAAUAAGAUUAGUUGUAUAUAUUUAAUUAAAUUUCUGAUGAAUUGGACAA